UACUUCAAUGGCCAAAUGAACAAUUAUAUAAAAAUUCGACUUCUUAAAAUUUAAAAGUUUUAAUAAAUUCUUUUUAUGAGGCUUUUUAAAUUUUUCAUAUAUUAGUUCUUAAGACAUUGUUCAGUAACAAUUUUAUAAGAUAAAGACAAUGAAUUUAUACGCUGUUUGUAGCUUCUUUUUUGGUUGUGUAAUUUUCGAUUCUUAUGCUAAAAUUUCAAAUACAAGAAAAAUGUUACGUGAUUGCCUAAAGAAUCGAGACAUGUUAGAUAAUGUAAAAGCAUUAAUAGGAGGUGGUUUUAAUGACAAAUUCAGUAGAAGAUUAUCCGAGUGGAAAAAGAGUAUAUUAAUAAAUCCAAAUAAGGUAGAAGAGCAUAAGUUUCGAAUAUGGUCUGUAAUGUCAGAUUAUAUUUGUGCCAGAUAUACAAGAGAAUAUGUAAAAAAGUUUUAUGGAACUCUUGAUGAUUGUAAAAAAAAAGUUAGAAAAUGUUCAGAUUAUUACGUAAAUGAUGUUAUUAAAUAUAAAGCUUCAAAUUAUGAUGCUAUUAUGAAUUCAAAACUCAAUAAUUAUAGUGACAAAAAUAAUAAUGAUAGCAAUCCAAAAAAUCAAAGUAAAAAUGAAAACUCAAAUUGCAACAAUAACGAAUUAAUAACUUCAAAAAAGCAAAAUGAAAACUUAAGCUACAAUGGUGACGAAUCUAUAUCUUCAAAAUUGCAAAAUGAAAACUUAAGCCACAAUGGUGACGAAUCAAUAUCUUCAAAAUUGCAAAAUGAAAACUUAAGCCACAAUAGUAACGAAUCAAUAUUUUCAAAAUUUCAAAAUGAAAACUUAAGCCACAAUAGUGACGAAUCAAUAUCUUCAAAAUUGCAAAAUGAAAACUUAAGCCACAAUGGUGACGAAUCAAUAUCUUCAAAAUUGCAAAAUGAAUAUAUAAGUUGCAGCAGUAAUGAAUCAAUAACUUCAAAAUCGCAAAAUGAAAACUUAAGCCACAAUAGUAACGAAUCAAUAUUUUCAAAAUUGCAAAAUGAAAACUUAAGCCACAAUAGUAACGAAUCAAUAUCUUCAAAAUUGCAAAAUGAAAACUUAAGCCACAAUGGUGACGAAUCAAUAUCUUCAAAAUUGCAAAAUGAAUAUACAAGUUGCAACAGUAAUGAAUCAAUAACUUCAAAAUCGCAAAAUGAAAACUUAAGCCACAAUAGUAACGAAUCAAUAUCUUCAAAAUUGCAAAAUGAAUAUAUAAGUUGCAGCAGUAAUGAAUCGAUAUCUUCAAAAUUGCAAAAUGAAAACUUAAGCCACAAUAGUAACGAAUCAAUAUCUUCAAAAUUGCAAAAUGAAUACUUAAGUUGCAAUAGUAAUGAAUCAAUAAAUUCAACACUACAAAAUGAAAACUUAAAUUGCAACAGUAACGAAUUAAUAACGUUAAAAUUGCAAAAUGAAAACUUAAGCCACAAUAGUAACGAAUCAAUAUCUUCAAAAUUGCAAAAUGAAUACUUAAGUUGCAAUAGUAAUGAAUCAAUAAAUUCAACAUUUCAAAAUGAAAACUUAAUCCACAAUGGUGACGAAUUAAUAACUUCAAAAUUGCAAAAUGAAAACUUAAGCCACAAUAGUAUCGAAUUAAUAACUUUAAAAUUGCAAAAUGAAAACUUAAAUGGUAAUAGUAACGCAUUAAUAACAUCAAAAUUGCAAAAUGAAAACUUAGGUCAAAAAUGUACUCAAUCAAUAAANAAAUUGCAAAAUGAAAACUUAAAUGGUAAUAGUAACGCAUUGAUAACUUCAAAAUUAGUUAACUUAGAGUCGUUAACUGUUGACUUGCCACAAAAUUUACCAACAGAAUCUAUACCUCCGACCCUAUUAAUCAAAAAAUCUAAAUCUAAACGUCGUAUAAGACCAAUUGCGACUUUGAAUUUACCAAAAAAGCCAAAAAAAUACGAACUAGAACCUUUAUCGAACGAAAAUUUUAGAAAACUUAAUUAUGAAUCAUCCUCAGACUCUACGGAAGGCGAUAAUUUCGAACCAAAUUUAUAUUCAUUUGGUAGACCAACUUUAUCUGAAUCUGAUUAUAGUUUGUAACAAGUUUGUUUAAUUAGAGCAUUUUUAACACUCAAAAUAUUUGUUUCUAUUAUCUCAUUUUCACUUAAAUAACGACAUAUAAUUGUUGUAAAUGCAAAAUUUGUUAAAAAUAAAUUAUUCUUAUUCUUUGAACUUUUAAAAAACUUAAAAAAAUUAUAAAAAAAUAAUUUCAUUUUAUAGUUAAGUAUAUGUUAGCUAUUUUUUGUUUAUGAAAAUUUUCGUAUGCAUUUUAU